AUGCGACAGGCACUGUUCUCCGCAGGACCCGCGGACCCAGGCCAGAUGCGGUGCCCCCGGCUGCUGCGGCCCGGCGUGGGCCCGGGCCUAGCGCUGGCCCUGGCCCUGUGUGCCUGCGUGCUGCUGGCCCUGGCGCGGCUGCACACCGCGCGCCGCUGCGCCGCCCCAGAAGAGGCGCCGCCCGCACGCUCCGCGCCACCCCGCGCGCCCCGCGCGCCACCACCCGCGCCCUGCGCGCCCAACGCCUCGGUGGCGCGGCACCCGGACUUCGCGGCGCAGCCCGCGCACGUGCGCAACUUCCUGCUGUACCGGCACUGCCGCGACUUCACACUGCUGCAGGACGCGGCGCCCGGCAAGUGCGCGGGGCCCGUGUUCCUGCUGCUGGCCAUCAAGUCCGCGCCCCGCAACUACGAGCGGCGCCAGCUCGUGCGGCAGACCUGGGGCCGCGAGCGCCAGGUGCGGGGCGCCGCCCUGCGCCGCCUCUUCCUCGUGGGCACCGAGCCCGACCCGCACCAGGCCCGCAAGGUGGACCGGCUGCUGGAGCUGGAGGCGCAUGCGCACGGCGACGUGCUGCAGUGGGACUUCCACGACUCCUUCUUCAACCUCACGCUCAAGCAGGUCCUGUUCCUGCGCUGGCAGGAGGCGCGGUGCACCAACGCCAGCUUCGUGCUCAACGGCGACGACGACGUGUUCGCGCACACGAACAACAUGGUGGCCUACCUGCUUGGCCAGGACCCCGACCGCCACCUGUUCGUGGGCCACCUCAUCCAGAACGUGGGCCCGGUCCGCGCGCCCUGGAGCAAGUACUUCGUGCCGCGGCUGCUGACGGCCGAGGAGCGCUACCCGCCCUACUGCGGCGGCGGCGGGCUGCUGCUGUCGCGGUUCACCGGCCGCGCGCUGCGCCGCGAGGCGCCCGCGCUGCCGCUCUUCCCCAUCGACGACGUCUUCCUGGGCAUGUGCCUGCAGCGCGCGGGGCUGCGGCCCGCGGCGCACGGCGGCGUGCGCAUGGCCGGCCUGCGCGCCCCCGCCCCGCGCCUCUCCUCCUUCGACCCCUGCUUCUACCGCGAGCUGCUGCUGGUGCACCGCUUCCUGCCCUACGAGAUGCUGCUCAUGUGGGACGCGCUGAGCCGCCCCGACGUGGCCUGCGGCCGCCGGGCCCAAGUCUACUGAGGCCGCCCUCCCCGGCGGCG